AUGAAAGAGAAAAACCCGGAGCUGGCCAUCCUAGACGUUGGUUGUGGAUCUGGCUCCAUAUCGACAACACUUGCGCAACUGGUGCCUCGAGGCCAUGUUGUUGCAAUAGACCUUGACCCGACAGUGCUGCUCAGAGCUCAGGAGGUCGCGGAUGAGUUGAAUGUGCGAAACGUCGUUUUUAACCAAGGCGACGCGCUGAAGCUGCCGUUUGCUGACAACUCCUUCGACAUCAGCCACUGCCAUCAGAUGCUGCUCUACCUCCAGGCGCCGUGGGACGCACUGCGCGAGAUGUUGCGAGUGACGAAGCCUGGGGGCCUGGUUGCGGCUCGUGAGGGCGACAUGGAUACCGAAUGCGUUUGGCCAGAAACGCCUGAACUGCUCAUGUUCCACAACUUGGCCGCAAAUCUGAUAGCUGCUGGAGGCGGCGACGUGAGAGGUGGACGACAGCUGCUUUCCUGGGCGUUGAAAUCCGGCGCGGAUCGGUCUCGAAUUGUCACGAGCUACAGCACGUGGUCGUAUAGCACGGCAGAGGAAAAGCGGUUUUGGGCCCAGGGUAUGGCAGACUUGAUCCGACAAGGUCGGUUCCGUGAUGCAGCGCUGACGGCGCGUUUGACAACAGAAGACGAGCUUGAGAGAAUGGCCAUAGCUUGGCAAGCAUGGAAGACUCAAGAAGAUGCGACACUGGCGAUGGUGUCCAGCGAAGUUAUCAUACAGAAGAGUCUGUAA